AUGGCAGACUCGGGAGAUCGUGAAGAGGAUAAAGAAUGGUAUAAUUUAUUGAUUGUAACCAAACUUGGACGUCUUGUAAAAGAAAACAAGAUCAAAAGCAUUGAAGAGAUUUAUUUAUUUUCACUGCCAGUCAAAGAAUAUCAAAUAAUAGAUCAUUUUUUUGGAACCUCAUUAAAAGAUGAAGUUAUGAAGAUCAUGCCUGUUCAAAAACAAACACGUGCAGGUCAAAGGACUAGAUUCAAAGCAUUUGUUGUAAUUGGUGAUUCCAAUGGACAUGUUGGAUUGGGCGUUAAAUGUUCUAAAGAAGUAGCAACAGCUAUCCGUGGUGCAAUUACCCUCGCCAAACUUUCAAUUAUUCCUGUUAGACGUGGUUACUGGGGUUCAUUGAUUGGUGAACCACACACUGUACCAUCCAAAGUUACUGGCAAAUGUGGUUCCGUACUGUGUCGUCUUGUGCCUGCUCCUAGAGGCACUGGGAUUGUUGCAGCACCUACACCCAAAAAACUUUUACAACUUGCUGGCAUCACUGAUUGUUAUACUACAUCACGUGGAUCUACUCGAACUUUGGGUAAUUUUGUUAAGGCUACCUUUGCUGCAAUUGGUCAGACAUAUGCCUAUUUGACACCUGAUUUAUGGAAGGAUGUUGAGUUCAAACAAUCUCCUUAUCAAGAAUUCAGUGAUAUGUUGGCUAAAGCUCCUGAGAAAAGAAGUUGA